AUGUGUAGAAAUAACUUAUGGAAGAAUGAAAUGAAAUAUUCCUUAAACUAUUUCAUCUCUUUCUUUUUUCUUGGAUUGGAAAUUGAACUUUAAAAUGAUAUAAAUGUAAUCCAAAUUCUUUCAAUAAUCAUCAUAAUAAUAUCAAUUGCAUUUAGAGUCCUCUAUUCGUUUUAGAAAAUCUAAUGGAAAAUAGGUACGCAAAUCUUAAUAUUAAGAUAUUUCUCCUAUAUUCUUUUGGUUAUUAACACUUGCAAGAAUCAAUAGUGCAAAUAAUUUAAAAUAAGAAUCUAAUUGUUUUUUGUUUUAUAUUCUAGGCUUUAUGAAUGGUCAAUACAAUAACACAUUUAAUAUUUAGAAUGAAAAUCCAAUUAUUUUUAAAGGCAAAAUUUGUGUUCAAAUUUUAAUUUUUGUUACUUGUUUAUUUAUUGCUAAUGAUAUUUAGCUUUGGAUGAUAUUUAUACUAAUAAUUUUAUGUAUAUUGAUUGGAUUAAAUGAAAUAUUUUAUAGAUAAAUGUUAAAUGAAGUAGAAAUGUAAGGUAAAGAAAAUAAAUAAAACAACCUUUUUAAUGAACUAUCAUUUCAAUAAAUAUUGAAAUCUUAAACUAAACCAUCAAAUGAUGAAUAACUCUUCAUAAAACAUUCAAGGGGUUGUCCUCUUGAAUCUAUAGCUGAGGAUGGUGAGAUACCAGAAUCUAAAUAAAAAUAAUAGAAUGCUUCAAACUCUACCAAAUUAUCUCUUUGGGGUAAUUUUGUAUUCUAAUGCGAUGAUUACAUAAUUAAAUUUUCAUUUAACGCUUAUUAAAAUAAUUCUCUCUUUUAAAACUCUGUUAGCAAUUAUUCAUUUAGUAAAUUCCUUUAAGAUCAUAAUAUCACAUUUGUAGAUUUUCUAUCUGAAAUGAAGGUAUUUAAUGACAUCCAUUUGACUUAAUUUGAUAUUUAAAGCCCAGAAUUUAAAAAAUAAUAAAGCCUUUAUGAUUGGUUGUAAUAUCAUUUAGAAUAAUAUAAACUAAUUGAAUAACUUUAAUCCAAAAAAUCUUUUAAAUAAUUGGAUGGAUUAGAUCCUUUAUAAUUAAGUAAUCUUUCUAAUCAGAAAUCAAUUUUGAUGGAUCUUAUAAUGGAGAAAUCUAUAAUGGGAUUAUCGUCUAUUCCAUAUUAAUAGAGUUCAUCAGAAGCUAUCAAUCUCAGAAAUAGUAAAAUGAAUCUUUUUGGAAGAAUAAAAACUAAUAAAACUAUUUAUGAUUUGUAAAUUAAGUUUUUUAUUUUUGAAGAAGUAUGAAAAUUUUGUAAUUAGGAAUCUGAUGGUUUAGCCAUUGUAUUUUUAAUGAGAGAUAUAGACAAAUUGGUUCAAUCAAUAAAGUAGAAUAUUAAAAAUAUUGAACUAUUAGAUAUUUCAACAAAAUUUAUUUAAAAUUAAGCUUAUAAAAUAACUGAAAUUCAUAAAUGGAUUCGUGAAAUUAAGAGUCCAUCUAAUUUACUUGAAACUGAUUAUAUGAGUAGAUUAGGUACAUCAGUUCGAAAAAGAACUUACUCAUUAUGCUCUAAUAAAAAUAGUGUUGAAGAAGGUUAAUCUGAUAUAUCUGAAAAAGUUUAGCAGCGUAAAGUUAAUUAAUUAUAAUAAUUCUUGUCCAAAUUACAAUUUGAUUUUUUUUAAGUUGAAUAAGAUAAUUUCAAUUUUUUUGAAGUCUUUUCUUAAAAAGAAAAAAUUUGGUUUGAUAAGAAAAAGAUUGACAUAUCUUAAACAAUUCACUUAUUAUUUGAUUAAUUUUAGUAGAAUCAAACUCUUAUUAAAUAUGGUGUUAAAUUAAUGUUGAUUGAUACAAAUCUUCAUGACAAAAAUAUUAUAACUGAUGCAAGGUUUAAAUAUAAUUAUAUUUUUUAGAAGAUUAAAAUAAUUAUUGAUUAAUUUAAUUAACAAUUCAAUAAAGGCUUAUUAAUUUGAAUAGUUCAUGUAAUAACCAAAUGAAGUUGAAAUUACUGUGUGGAACUAUUAUGAAGAAAUUUAUUUCACAAUUACAGAUUAUGGUUGUGGGCUUAAUUAACUAUAGCUUUAUCAAUCAAGGUUAUAAGAAUGUAAGUUAGGUUUGGCAGCAUCAUAACGUUUAUUAUUUUAAUUGACUGCUGGAAGAAAAUAAUUAACAAUUUAAUGUCUGAAUUAAAGGACAACUGUUUCAUUCCAAUUGCCUAGAAUUCUUUUGGAAGAUAAAAUCUUAUCAAAUAAUGAGUUUGAUUAUGAAUAUAUUAAAUUUAAUAGUUCUUGA